UGGCCGCGAGCAGAGGAGGAGCUGCGCGCCGCGGAGCCGGGCCUAGUCAAGCGCGCGCACCGCGAGAUCCUAGACCACGAGCGCAAGCGGCGCGUAGAGCUCAAGUGCAUGGAGCUGCAGGAGAUGAUGGAGGAGCAGGGGUACUCAGAGGAGGAGAUUCAGCAGAAGGUCGGGACCUUCCGGCAGAUGCUGAUGGAGAAGGAGGGGGUGCUCACCAGGGAGGACCGGCCUGGCAUCCAUGUGUACGUGGGGCCGCCCCCUCACCGUCCGCGCCCCUUCUCGCCCAGGACCAAGCACUGGUCCAGCAGCUCGGCGUCGCCCCCUGCCAAGAAGAAGAAGAAAAAGAAAGGCGGCCACCGGAGAAGCCGCAAAAAGAGGAGACUAGAGUCAGAGUGCAGCUGUGGGAGCACCUCACCUCUGCGCAAGAAGAAGAAGGGCAUGAAGAAGCGCCGCCGAGACAGGUCCAAUUCUGGGUCCCGGAGGAAGAGACGGCACAGAUCUCGAAGCCCCAAGAGCAAAAGAAAAGAAAAGAACAAAGAGAGGAAGAGGCCUCACACAGAGUCCCCAGGCCAGAGGUCCCACCGUCACAGCAGCGGCAGUUCCCACAGCCCCUCGCUGUCCUCCCACUACAGUGACUCCGGAUCACCCAACAGCCCGCCCGAUGUACGUACGCUUCGCUUUGCGGAGGGUUCCCGCGCCGAGCAGGGGGCGGGUCGCCCGAGGGGCCGCUUCCUCCUCCCCUGCUCCCGCCGCUCAGAGGGGAGUCGCCAGGAGGGCUCGGUUGUCUGUGUCCACCUGGCCCUAGAAGCAAGCGAACAAAGCUGGCUGGGCAAGAGCUCCCUCCCAUCCCCGAGGUCAAAGCCAUGCUUCGCCCUGGCUGCCCAUCCACCAGCGGCUAGGAGGCCCCACCCUGCCUUCCCAAUGCGGAGACUUCUUUUCUUUUUUAUUAUCGCAUUCCUGUCCCUGACCGCUGAGAAGAAGCCCAGCUCGCCUUCGCCCAGAGCCCGCGACAAGGCAGCGGCCGCUGCACCCACGCCGCCCACGCGGGGCAAGGACUCCCCCUCCCCCAGGGCGAAAGAGCGACCCCCGCGCGCGCGCCCAGCCAGCACCUCGCCGUCGCCAGGCCCGCACGGCAGGCACGGCGGUCCGGAGGGUAAAAGCUCGUCGCGCAGUCCUGGUCCCCACCCCCGGUCCUGGAGUUCCAGCCGAUCGCCCUCCAAAUCCCGCUCGCGGUCCCCGGAGAAGAGGGCCCGCAGCCCCAGCCACUCUCCGUCGCCCAAGAAACCUCUGGGCAGGGACAAAGACAGCGAGGGCCGCGCCAGGCACGCCGAAGCCGAGGCAUCUCGCAACCGGCGCCGCUCCCGUAGCUACUCCCCCAUCCGCAAGCGGCGCCGCGACUCACCCAGCUUCAUGGAGCCGCGGCGCAUCACUAGUGCCCGAAAGCGUCCCAUCCCUUACUACCGGCCCAGCCCCUCCUCUUCCUCCAGCUGCCUGAGCAGCGACUACUCAAGCAGGAGCCCCAGCCGCAGCCCCAGCCCGGGGCACAGCCAUGGAAGCUACAGUAGUCAAAGUCGAGGGACCCGAAGCCACACACGCAGCCCCUCCCGAAGCCCCAGUCCAAGCUACCACAGCCGAAGCAGCUCUGAAAGCGGGGGCUUCUGAGCCCAUCCGGACCUUGGAGCCGCCUGGCAGAGGAAGAGGCCAGGCCAUGGGACUGGAGAGGAGGGGGCUGCACCCCCUACGAAGAGGUCUGGGGCCAGCAUGUGGACAGAUGGGACAGGGAAGACUUUGAGGGUGGGCACCCUGCCCUCAAGGAGGAGCCAGAUGGAACUGCUCCUGACAGGUGCCCACCCCUAGCCCCACCUUGAGCCCUCCUUCAUGUCCAGGGAACAAAGAGCCGUUGCGAACACAGGGAGCACCCUGCCCCCACUUCCUGCUUGAUGCCCGCUCACCCAGCUGGGCACUGCUGCCGGUCAAUGGUACAAGAGUCCACAGUGUACUGUGACCUUUCGCCUCCACUCAGUGGGCCCAGGCACACCUCAGAAGGUUCCAGGCCUGGGAACUUCCCCUCUUUUCCUCUCCCUCACUGGGCGGCCUCGGAGCCGGGUGGACAGAAGAAUGUCCCAAUCGCGGGUGCGCCACCAGCCAGACUGGGGAGCUCCUCCUCUCCGAGCUGGCUGCAGAAGUCCUGGCUGAAGACCCUCGAGUCCCUCCCCUGCUCAAAGCCCCAGCCACAAGGCCCAGGGAGCUCACUCUUGAGCCCAUCUCUCUAGCCCUCAUGCCAUGCCCUGGGCCAAGGCCAUCGCAGCCAGGCCUGCAGAGUGACAGGAGGACAGGGGGACUGACCUCGUGUGCGUGUGCAUCUGACCCUGAGGUCCAAGGGUUUCAGGCUGGGAGGUGGGAGAGGACACAGAGCAAAACAGGAAUCUACCACGCACGGGGUGGGCUGGGAGGCACUCAGCAGUCCCCAGCCCUACCAAGAGGAGGACAGCGGCACGGGGGCACAGGCAUGGGAGAGCGCUCCCCUGACAUGGUGGGAUGUGCCGCCGGCUCCCAGGGCAGGGGUGGUACCACCCUCCGCAGGGGCUGGCCAUCAACCCCACCUCUUCUGCGGCUCCCAGCCCCCACCUCCUGGGGCCCUCAGGGAUCUCACAAAGUCUUCCUUGCCCAAUGGGACAGAUGCCCUGGGCCCUGGCGGGGGGAGGGGUCUGGGAUCUGGUCCGGGUUCCCCUUCUCUCUGUUUCCCCUCACCCUUUCUCCGCAGUGCGGAUGUGAAAUGGACUGUAAUAAUAAACACUCGGUGCCCGGAUGGCAGGUGGUGAGACCAGGCGUCUCUGUGC